CCUAUUAUUAUUGUGGUUUCCACAAUCUCAGAGUUGGUUGUUUUGAAGAUAUGAGGCUCUUAAAAGUCCUCUUUCUCUUCCCCCUUUUUCUUGUCAUCUAUGCAACAACAAAUGGGUGUCCAAGUCCGACUUCUGGUUGUGGUAACCGAAGCCUCAUCAUUCAAUUCCCUUUCCGUGUAGAAGGCCAGCAACCUCGAAACUGUGGCUAUCCCGGAUUUGACCUAAGCUGCAACAGCCAAGGUAUAACAGUGCUCAAUCUCCCUUACUCUGGAGAAUUUUUUGUGCGCAGUAUCAACUAUCGUGCACAGGAAAUCCAACUCUACGACCCAAACAAUUGCCUCCCAAGGCGGCUUCUGGACUUCAAUCUGUCAGAGGCUCCUUUUGUGGCUCCUUAUCAUGUCAACUACACCUUCCUUAGCUGCCCGGCUGAGCUCACAAUGUCCAGGUUCACAGUCAUUGAUUGCCUCAGUAACUCCACCAACACAACCUUGGCAACUUCUUCAAUUAGGCUUGCAACAGAGAUGACCAUGUGCAGGAUCAUUGCCACCCUGCCAAUUCCUGUCCCAUUACCGAGCCGUCAAGAAGAUGGUUUCUCAUCUGUCCUUGAUUGUGAUCUCUGGCUCACAUGGGACGUGCCCAACUGCGAAGAUUGUGCUGCACAGGGUGCUGUCUGUGGAUUUAAGAACAGAACAAUUCAAGAAGUAGCAUGUUUCUCCACUCCUGAUACAAGCAAGCCUAGGGGUCUCCGAGUAUUCCAGACUGUCUCCAUCGCCCUUGCCAUUCCAGCCAUCACAUGCGCGUUUGGGAUCGCAUUUUUUGCAUGCUUCGUCCGAGGAAACCAGGACCACCGGGCUGCAGUCACACCUCAACCGGCCACAGCCCUAGUUGCAGGACUGGAUGAGUCCACCAUUGAAUCCUACACAAAGGUAGUCCUUGGCGAAAGCCGGCGUGUUCCGGGUCCUUACCAUGGCACUUGCGCUAUAUGCUUGUCCGAUUAUCGAGCUGAAGAGAUGGUCAGAGUCAUACCUGACUGCAGCCAUUGCUUCCAUGCUGAUUGCAUAGAUGAGUGGCUUCGCAAGAAUGCCAGCUGCCCAGUUUGCCGGAACUCCCCAUCUCUUGCUCAUGUUAAUGUGUAACAUCACUGGUCUUCUCUUCUCUUCUCUUGAGAUUUUCCCUCGUGUCUUUACUACUGUUUUCAGGGUCUUAUACUUGCAUUAUAUAGUGAUUGUAAAUGGCAGUUUCUUAAGGGGUGGGUUCUUUUAUACGUUAGUUUGGAUACAACUUAAUUUUUUGUACUGAGUUUUACUCUUCCUGAAAAUACAUAGCUUAUUUUUCUUCCAUAA